CUCUUCUCUUUUCUUCUUCCACUUGAGCACGACAUGGCAUUCAGCGGAGAGGGAUAUCGUUUGGGCGAUGAGAACGUAGGAGCCAUUGGGCGAACAUCUGCACAUGAUAGCAAAGGGGUCCCCUCACUCAAAGAUAUUUGUCUCAGCACUUUGGAUCGCUAUAUCGACUUGUUGGAGGAUAUUGGAACAACCCCAUAUUAUCUAAUUGAGAGUAUUCUUAGGAAAUGCAAUGUCAAGCAACUCACUCGAGUAGAACUUCAUACAGAAGGACUAGAUGAAUACACAGAUGAGCUUUGGUAUAUUCAUGCCAAAAAUGACUUUAAGGCUGUUCGCGAAGGCUGGCCUGAAUAUGAUGAGAGUGGAGAAUGGCGGUCCAAAUACCAAGCCAUGAAGCAGGAAGAUGAAGACAGGUUGGAACGAAAGCGAGCUUUACUUAGGCAAGCAUACUCACAGCAUGACAAAGUGAAGCAGGAUCGACGUGUCAUCAUGGACCCAAAUCUUCGACUACCAAAAAAGGUGACCAAACCUUCGUUAUGGUCAAAUACUGCGCCAAAGAAAAAAUCGUUGUUUGAGAAGGCGAGAUUAGAAGCUAGAAGGAUCACACAAAUGUACAAUAGCUCCCCAUACCCAUCUCCACGGAAUCGGCCAUCUAGUUCUAUCAGCAGCAAGGGAGGCAGUAGCAGUAACAGUGCCAGUAAUAUCACCAGCUCCCGCCGUAUUUUGGCUCCAACUUCAACCCCUGUGACAACCACCCUCGGACCAGUUACUUCACGAAAUGAUCCUGUACUUAUAACACAUGGAGCGGCAGUUAAUAGCACCUCUUCAUCAAAUGCGGCAACGGCGCUUGCUCCGGCGUCAACCCGUGGCAAACGUUACUCGUAUAAAACACGCCCUGUUGUGUAUACAUCUUUAUCAAAACCACUUGCGCAGACCCAAGACAUCAGCGAAGGAUUCACAACAUCACCUUCAUCCAUUCGACCUACAACAGCAACAACUUCUGCAAAUGCCUUUGCUCACAAGGUCCCGAUACCAUCUGUUUCUGGUGCAAUUGUUGAUUUUUUUAAGGAGAUCAAUCCAACUCAUUCUCAGCAUAUCACCGCCUCAAAGCAUCAUCAUGUGCAAGCAGAUUCGCGCUCAAGAUCGCCAGCAUCGCCUACCUCGGCUGCAGAGCCGCCAUCGGAAACUAUCCAGAUGUUGCGUGAGGAUGCAGGCACAGCUUCCCAUUACAAGAGAUCAACGGAAUCUUCGAAUAGAAGGCGAGAUCGAAUACUUGCUACUGCUACACGUCUGGAAGGCACCAAGGCCAAAAAAGGGCUUGAGGGGCUUGAAGACGAUGACAGCGACAACUACAACAUUGAGUACAACGAUGUCCAUAGAAAGGAUUUUCCCCAUCCUAGAGUCAACCACCAUACGCAUACGGCUGAGCUCACUGCACCAAAAAAGAAGGACAAUGAUUCAAAGGCUCCAGUCUCACUCGAGGAAGCGGGCCGACAGUUUUUUAAUCAGUUGAUAGGCAAAUCAGGCUGAACGGCUUUCAAAGCUAGCAGCACGCUGCAUUUCGCUCAAAAGAUAAACACUACAUGUACAAAUACACGUGCUCACUUCCAAUGCUGCC